AUGGCCUUGCUGGCCAGAAGCGGAGACGGACGGCCUGCAAACAAUGCCGGCAAGCCAAGUUACGAUGCGAAACAUCCACCAAUGGUGUUAUCCCCUGUUCAAGAUGCCGCCGCAUGGGGGAAGAAUGCCAGAUCGACAGCGCGUACAAGAGGGUCAACAAGAGAGCUGACAUCGGCUAUCAGAAAAAUCGAAGAGCUGGAGAAACAGGUGCAACAGCUCCGGUCUUCGGUCGAGUUGGCCAGGCCAACCCAACUCGUAUCGCCGGGACCAACCCACGAGUCUGUGUCCGUGGCGGGAUCGUUUUCAGUCCCGAAUUCCCAGCCGUACUGUCCUAGCCCUCUCGCAAGUCAGGCUCCUGUGGUUUCCUCGUCAGAGACUCCUCGGAUGGAAAAUCGCGGGGUUGACGAGCUGGCUCUCCCACCGCAUUUCUCAGAACUAUCAUUCAGCAAUACACGAGCGUCAUUGCCACAGGCCAGCUUUGCAGGUUCUUCCAAGUCACUGGAUCAUGUCACUCUCAGCCAGAACCAGAUUGAUACCAUGUUCCAAAUAUUCUUUCGACACUACCAUCCCUAUGUCCCUCUUCUCGAUCCAGAUAUCUCCCCAGAUGAGUACUAUGGUCGCUCACCGCUCUUAUUCUGGCCUGCUCGUAAGCAUCGCCUCCCCCGUGCGGAAGCUCUUGUGGAAAACGAUCUCGAAUCCUCCCCAUUCCUGCUGCAUCGUCCAAGCGAUCCUUCUCUUGUGCAUGUGGCCGUUUCCAGCCUCGUCGAUGUGGGCGGAUGCGACAUCAAUCUUGGUCACGGUUGUCCAGACCAUGGCCAUUCGACUGGGACUGCAUCGACCCGAAUUGAUCCAGGACUUUUCCCGGACCAAGAGGCGAUUGAGCCAGACGGAAAUAUUGGAAGCCGUCAAAACCUGGUCCGUGUGCUCUAUUGCGGGACAGAGAUGAGCACCGUUCGUCGUGUCCCUUCGACUGGACUAUCGAUCACAAACUUUCUGGUUUGGUCUUUCUUCCAGUCGCGUCGUAUCCGUUCCACUAAUCGUCGUUACACAGCGGAAACCAAGAUCCUACUGGACGGGGCUGGCCUUCAACUGUACGUUUUCCACUUCCUUGAGACGGGGUCCGAGGUUCGCCGGAAGGGUCUGCUCCGAGCCUACAAUACUGCCUUGGCAUUGAUCUCCAAAGUUCGGGAGGCGGACGCGACAUCAAACCUGAUGAUCUAUGCGCCUGCUUCGUAUUAUCGACUGACGACACUCGCGGCCACGGUCAUUCUCAAAAUUCUCCAUUCCAGUUAUUCCAGGUAUGUCGAUCCAGAGAGCGGGAAACGCAUGUUCAAUGCAGCCAUUUCACUGGUCCGCCGCGCAUCGGUGGAAGACAACGAUCUCCCGGGGAGAUCCUCGAAGAUCCUGGCCCAGCUGUGGAGUGUGCAAAGCCAGAGCAAUCAACGAAAGGAAGAGCCGAGCUUGAGAUUGAAGACCAGACUGGGUGCCAGCCUGUUUCAUGAUUCUCUGUGGACUUGGAGAGAGAAAUGCGGGGGUCAAGGCAGUGGCCCGCAAACCUCUACCGGUAUGGUGGUCCAGUCAGCAGAACCGACGCAGUCCGAAGCUCCCCGGGAGGAUGUUUUUGGAGGCCAAGUCGUUGGGGAAAGCAACGAGGCCGACGUUGACGGUCUGAAUGUAGACGGGCUCUUCGACGUCGGGAUGUUCUCGCUGUUUCCUUUCGACCUCGACAGCGAUCCGGCAGGCUCUGUAUAG